AUGAUUAGUGAUCUGUCCGACGAUUUGCUCUUGGAAAUAUUGUCAUCACUUCCUGCCAGAGAUAUGGUCGGAACAAUGCUUUUGUCGAAGCGAUGGAAGUUUCUGUGGACUAUGGUUACAAAACUUCAUUUUGAUGAUAGUUUUAAGGAUUAUUACUAUGAUGAUGAGGACGAGGAUUACGUUACCGAUGGUGAGAAAUUUUUUCCUUACAGGAGAUUUCGGCAAUAUGUUGACAAGUUUAUGAUAUUGCACAAGUCUUAUGUUCUUGAAACUUUGACGUUCGAACUUGGUCUCGUAUCCAGAACUGAUGAUUUGGCAACAUGGAUCAGGAUUGCAAUUGCUCGCCAAGUGCGUGAACUUGAAAUUCACCGUUCUAAUGCGGAUAAAAAUGAUUACUCAUUUACAUUGCCAUUGGAUCUGUAUACGUAUGAUAAGCUUGUGGUUUUGAAACUUUGUGGAUCAAUUGUUCUGGAUGUCCCUUCGGUGGUUUCGCUUUCGUCUCUAAAAUCGUUACACCUCUUGAGCGUACUACUGUACCAUGAUGAAGAAUCGCAUCGCCGUCUUUUAAAGGGUUGUCCUGUUCUCGAGGAGUUGGUCGUGGACAAAAGUGAAAACUUUGACGUGUCUUCUUUAUAUGUUUUAACGCCUUUUUUAAAGAGUUUAUCUAUAGUUAAUGAGUAUAAUAGACAACUCUCUACUGUAGAACAUCCAAAAUUUGAUUGUUACGUAGAUGUAAUUAACGUUCCGUGUUUGAAGUACUUGAACUAUGUAGAUAUCUAUGAUUUUGGUCAUUCGUGUUUGUGUGAGAAUAUGCCCGAGGUGGUGGAGGCAAAUGUUAAACUUGUCUGCAAAUUCCCUGAGAAGCUCAUGAGAUCUCUUACAUCAGUUAAGCGUCUCUCUCUAUGUCUACAUGGUCCAAUGCGUAAGCAUCGUAUUAAAUACAACCAGCUAGUUCACCUGGAGCUAUGUCGAUGCAGCAUAAUGUGGUUGGAUCUGCUAACUAGGAUGCUAGAAAGUUCUCCUAAACUACAGGUUCUCAAGCUCAACAAGUGUCAGGAACCCUUCUAUGAUUCUCCCAUAAAGCCCAUUAAAGGCAGAUGGGAACCAAGUUCUGUUCCUGAAUGUUUGGUGAGCCAUCUCAAAAUUGUUGAGUGGAAGUAUUACAAUGGAAGACAUGAAGAGAAGAAAGUAGUAGCAUACAUCCUGAAGCACGCAAGACAUUUAAAGACUGCGACCGUAUCUGCUCAGGAAUUGUCGACGAAAAUUCCAACUCCGCAGCGCGAGGAGUUGGUUUCUCUGCCUAGGGCUUCAGCUUCAUGUAAACUUGUUCUUGAUUGA